GGUUGGGAUUCGUGGUUGGAAUUGAGGUUGCGAUUCAUCAAUUUCCAAAGUUUCCAUAAUUUUCGAUUGUAUUAUUUGUAAUGUAAACAUGUUCAAGAAUGUUUUAUUCUCAGCUUACAAAUUGGCUUCUACGACGUUAGGAUAUUCUCAUAAACCCCUAGUUCACAAUGUAAUCAAACAAUAUCAUCCAUUAGUGGCCAUCAACAACACAAGGAAAUUCAGCAGUUCUCUUUUCCAACAACAUUUUCCACAUAAACUAAUAUUUUCGAACCUUUCUAUACCACAAGCAAGCAUUACUGCUCGAACGGUAACAAAGUUUUCUUAUAGAAAAGGCAAAAGAAAAUCUGUGAAAGCAGUAUUGAGGAGAUUUUAUCGAUUGCAAUGGGGAGGUUGGAUUAGAACAAAGUGUGGACGACAUAAGAAGCUAUGGAAAAAGAGUCCACCUAGGAAACGAAGGCUUAGACAGCAUGUUUUGUGUAAUGCUUCUCAGAGUUAUUUAUUGGAUAAAAUGGUUGGGCCAUUCUGGAGAAAGCCCAAAUAUUAUGUUGAUGAUCCUUAUGAGCCUUACCACAUAAGAGAAGAAUUUCCAUUAACUGCUAUGAAGCCAAGGCCAUAUUUUCCACCCGAUUGUUAGUCUAUGCCUGUGAAAUGAAGUUAGACUGUAAACAUAUUUGUUCUUCACCAGAUGAUAUUUAUUUGAUGAUGAAUCAAUAAUAAAGCUUAUUUAAUUUU